GAAGCCCGUGGGCGGGGCUGGCGCCUGUCGCUCCCGGUGCGCGCGCCAGCAGCCGCCGCCUGUUUACCAACCGCCCCGGUGCCGCUCCCCGCGUGCAGCUGCGUCACGCGACCCGGCGGUAACGGCUGUAACGGCUGUCCGCCGCCGGGAGCGGCUCCUGUCCCGCCUCCGCUCGCCUCAGGGGCUUCCGCCGCGGCCCCACCGGGCGGCAUGAGGGCGCUGCCCCCGCGCUGGGCGCCUCUGGCGGUGCGGGCGGCGGGCGGAUGGUGGGGGCCGCCCGCCCCCCGCCGCGGCUGCAGCAGCUCCGCCGAGCCCGGCGGCCGUCAGCCGCUCCAGGAGUGGGCGCUGGCGGUCAGCCCGCGGGGGCGGCUGCGGGUGCGGCUGCCCUGCCAGGUGAGCGUCCGCCCGCUGGACCCGGAGCGCUACCCGGACGCGGACCGUGUGCUGGUGGCCGUGAGCGGCGGCAGCCCCCCGCCCCGCGGCCGGCAGCGGGACCGCGUCCGCGUCGAGUACGACGAGGCGCUGCAGCAGAUGGCGAUCGUCGCGGACGCCGUGGACAGCAAGGCUGUCGUGGACGUCAGGACGCCCGUGAAGUUCGAUUUGGAUAUCAAAACAUCAGGGACUGGCUGUGUGAAGAUUAAGAAAAUAGAAUGUGAUAACUGCAAAAUAGAAACGGAGAAGGGGACUAGUGUCUUGCAGUCAAUAAAGAGCCAUAAAAUCGAUAUACGGACAAAUGGUGGCAAAGUAAUUGGUCUUGGAACUCUUUAUGGAAAUAUAGAUAUUUGUGCAACAGAGAAGGGUAGUGUGAAUAUAGAGAAGCUGCAGGGGGAAUCCAUCAACAUAUCCACUGAAGAUGGCCUGCUGAAAACUAAGUAUCUCUAUGCAGAAUCAUCAUCUCUGUCUUCAAUAGCUGGUGAUAUUCUGCUGGGAAGUAUUCAUGGUAACACCAGCCUUCAGACUAAAACAGGGAGUAUCACAGUAGAUUCAUCAGAUGGAAGUCUAAAAGCUUCUACGCAUCACGGGGCAAUAGAUGUUUACGUCAGUCAAUUGAGAAGAGUGGAUCUGAAAUCCCAGAAAGGUUCUAUUACAGUCAAGGUACCUGCCUCUCUCAAUGCGUAUUUAGAGUUGUCUGGAAGAAAAGUGGAUGUGAGCUCAGAGAUCCAGUUAAAAGAAACACAGAGUGCCUCCAAGGACGAUCACGUAACUAUAAGUGGUCACAUGAAUCAAAGGAAUGAAAUGGACAAAUGGAUUAAGGCUGACACACAAAAAGGCAAAGUGUGUCUUAAAAGCCAAAGCUGGAUCGAGUCUGUCAAGCUGAAGAGUUCUUAAAGGUGAAGUAGGCCAAAGAGAUUAAAUCAAGAAAUUGUAAAGGAACAUUUCUCUAAAAUUAUGAACUUUAUUGAUGUAUAUUCUUAAUAUAAGAGAAACAAUAUUAAAAAUGAGGGUGUUUUAACCCAAGAUUUGCCCAACCCAGCAGCUGAUGCUUAACAGGUCUGGUUUACUCUUAGUGCCUUUUAAGAAUGACAAGAUCUUACGUAUUCAGAAUUUGUAUAACUUGAUCCAUUACCAUUUAAAAACUGGUAACUUUCUAACAAGAGUUUGGAGUUGCCAUUUAAAACUAAAAAUCAUUUUCAAUGUCUUGUAUUUGAAAAUAUGAGAACUUACUUCAGAGAUGACAUGCUUUGCAAGAUAUAAAAUAUUUUAAAUUAAAUGUCUUAGUACUGUGGGAAUUCUACGGGUUCAUGCCAAAUGCAGAGAAUUUUCUUCAACCAAAUGAUUUGUGUUGUGGACAGGAUAAAACCACUUUCAGAACCCUAGUUCUGACUUGGUCUUUUCAUUUGGUGUUUGACUCCUGAGCAGUUUCUGCCUUGUCAAUGGGCACUGUACCUGUGAAACUAAUUACAUGAAAUGACAGAACUUCUUGUGUCAUCCUGAACCACUUAUUUUAGGAUAGAAAUAAGUACCCUAGCUCUGCCUACUGCUGUUUGUCUGCAAAUAAAAACUUUUAAAGUAAA